AUGGCUCCUAGACACAUACUUGAGACACAUGGUAUGGAGGGUACAAAGACACCCAUGAUGGUGAAGUCAGGACGGACGACACAAGACAGAGCAUGGCUAGUGGUGAUGAGGAGACACGAGCAGUAUGGACAGAGAUCAUGGGUGGUGCUUAUUGAUUCCUCAGCUUCGUGGCACAGAAGCAGUGCGAGGUUCAUGGAGGCAGCCUUGUCUCAAAUCCUUGACGCAUGCAAGCUUGCUAAAGAACUGGAGGGCAGCCUUCUCUUCCAGGUCGACGUUGCAUCCGAUGCACAUUACCUCUUGGGAUCUUGCGAGGAGAUUGUUGGUGCUUUCAACAGAGCCAUCCAAGGAUUAUAUACCCUGCAGAACCAAUCUUCUUGCAGUGUCCAAAUGCUCCUCAUGAGUGCCUGUGAAGGAACGGGAAAUCCUCUGUGCGCUGGCAUGCCGGCGCAGAGAUCACUGGAAAUUCAGCCGGCAGUGACAGAGUUUGCAGGUGGCUCAAGCUAUGUCUACUCGGCAGCAGCAUCGGCUCAGAGAGGGGGCAGGUGUUUGGUGCAAAAAUCUUCCAAGAAGAGAAAGGAAGGCACUUUGGUAAAGUUGGUGCCGGCACAUCCUAACAUGGAGAAUGCUCCUGAUGACGGAUAUACCUGGAAGAAGUAUGGUCAGAAAGUGAUACUUAAUUCGAGGUUUCCAAGAAGCUACUAUCACUGCACCCACAAGAAUCACUAUGGUUGCAAAGGAAAGAAGAAAGUGCAACGGCUUGAUGAUGAUCCAUCCACACUUGAAGUCACCUACUGCGGUGCACACACUUGCCGCACUUCUCCGACCCCAAUAAGGAUCCCCAAUGAGCUCAUGCCAAGUGCUGUUAGCAACAGCAAGAAUGGUGAAAAUAAUAUGCAAACAGUAGCACCAGAAACCACAUUGAUCCAACUUCGUAACUGGUUCAACAGAGAUAGUAGCAAUAGAUACAUAGAACAGAUGCAGGGUGGUAGAGACAUUGAUUAUUCAGUGGCAGAAUUUGCAGAUGCCAUGUUCAAUUCAGGGAGCAGUAGCAGUACCUUGGAUGUCAUCUUCACACAAAGCCAAGGGAAACUGCGGGCGUUAGACCCGUUCUUUUAG